AUGGGCUCCGGUGCGUCUGCUGGUGCAUCCACGCCGACAUUGCCUUGGCCGGAGGGUGCAACGGCCGUUCUGCGCCCAGAUGGCACGCUGCCGGACGGACUGAAGACCAGUGGCCCGGUGCCAUCGACUGAAAGUGGUGUCCCUUUCUGGAGGCUUGGAGGCGCUGGCAAGGGCCGGCUUCGCGUGAUCGAAGAUACCGCGGGGCUGCUUGAGCUGAAGGAGAACUUCACGAUUGCCGUUUGCUUCCGGCCUGGUGCCGGUGAUGCGCAGGGCUGGGACAGUCUUCUCUUAGGUCAUGACAACAAGCAUUGGCUGGCUGUGCCAGGCGACGACAAGACCAAAGUUUGUUGCAUGGAUGGCGAUAGUUCCUUGAACUUGAACGCGGACUUCUUGGACCAGGGCUGGAUCCAACUCUUUCUGCGGUCCGUGGAGGGUGGGACUUCCGUCUUCGGUAUGGACCAGGAGGGGCUCCUGGAUUUGGGUACCUUUCCAACUUCACUGGUCGGCUCAAAGUUGCGAAACGCCGGCUGGGCCACCAAUGAGGUGGACAUUGCGGCCAUCGCCUUCUGGGAUCGGACCCUGACCUGGGCGGAGCUGUCGCUGCCGACUCCGGCUACCGCCCCGGCGCCUCCACCAGCUCCAGACGCGCCAAUUCCCAAGCGUAUCUUUGGCCAGGUCACAGACCUCGCUGGCGAGCCACUCAAGGAUGUCAGCAUCAAGUGGAAGAUGGGCGGCUGCGUCUCGGAUGGUGAGGGCAGUUUCGAGAUGCUGGAGGAAGCAGAAACGGAUGUGCCAGAGGAUGGAAGCCAAGCUUCUGCUUCUUCGGCCUCCUCCUGCGUCAGCUUCGAGUGCGAUGGUUUUGCUCCGACCUCCAUGCGCGUCUCCGUGGCUUCCGAGCAGUCGAUAGUGGUGGCGCUCCGGAAACUCUCCGCUAGCGCGACCUUGGACGCGACUGAGGGCGGCCAAGUCGUCGAUCCAUCAUCCGGUUCCUCGGUGACUGUGCCGCCGUCGACCUUGGUGUAUGCAGACGGCUCGCCCGUCACGGGGCCGGUGACAGUGAGUCUUUCCGUCAUUGACGCCACCGAUCCCGCGAGCUUGGCUUCAAUGCCAGGCGACUUCUCGGCGAUAGGGGCAAAUGGUGAAAGCGUGAUGCUGGAGAGUCUUGGUGCUGCUUGGAUUGGCGCCGUGGAUUCCAAGGGCGAGGCCUUGGAGGUCAAGGAGGACUCGGAAGGCCCCGCGGGAGCCAAGGGAGGAGAAGCAUGA